AUGACCACCACGACGGCACCCACUGCCCCUGCGGCCGGCGACAGCGGCGACCAGACGCCUGAAGCGUCCAGCUCGCGACUCCCGCCCGCCCCCACCUCGCCGACCUCGCCGACGGCCGCGACGUAUACCGCUGGCUUCCUCCAAUCGCCCACUCCGGCCAGCGUCCUCGCCGCCCUCGAGGCGGAGAGCGCCGCGGACAAGAGUCCCGACGACCGACAGGCGUUUGUGCUGCGUCAUGCGCUCCGCUGGGCGGUGACGCACGCUGAUGUCGAGCUCGUGGGCUGGUUGGCCGGGUUGCAUGGUCGAUGGGGCGAGCUUCUCGAUGCCGAGGUCAACGUGAUGGAGGACGACGAGGGCUGGGGCGUGGUUGGCAUGAGUAUCCAGUCGAGCUGCGGGCUCAGCGACAAGGAAGAAGCCGUCCGCCUGCUCGUUGGACGGUGGGGUGUCGCCGCCGGACCGAGAAAGGGCCGGGACCGCGCCGGCUGGUCCCCGCUCCACCUCGCUGCUCUGGUCAGCACGCCGCAGAUCGUCUCGGUGCUGCUCAACCGCGGCGCGUCGCCCAGCGCCAUCACCCAUACUGGGCUGAGCGCCUACGACCUCAUCACGGGCAUGGAGGGCCGCGAGAGCCUGGCGCUCCUCCUCGACCCCUUGCACGCGCCCAUCCCGGCGGCAGACGACGUGCCCAAGACGCCGCAAGGCGCGCACAUUAACGUCGACAGGACCAUGCUCGUCUUCUCGCUGCACCAGCUUCCAGGUCUGUUCGACAUUCUCAUCACCAAAUACACGCCCGUGUGCCAGCCCCGCGACCGCCGUGCACUCCCCGCCAACGCCCUGUACCGGUACGCACGGUUCGCACACUACCAGUGUAACGAGGUGUGGCUCGAGGAGCUGCUUGAAGGUGCCAUUGAGCGGAUCGAGCGAGGGGUCUAUUCUAACGGCGACGACCUUGCAUCACUCGCGUUUUGGGAGUACAACUUGACGCUCCUUCUGUACCUUAUCCGCACAGACGAGGAGCUCGAGGCGGCGUGCACGGCGCUCAACCUGCUCACCAUGAUGGAGGAGCUCAUCAAUGCCAUCCACGUGUUCAUCAUUCGCAUUGCCGAGCGCAAAAUCGACGACAUCCUCGACGCUGCCAUGCUCGACUUUGAGUCUCUCGAGGACUUUGAGGACGUGCGUUUCCAGGACCAGUGGAACCUGUUCCGCUCCCUGGGGGGCACCAAGAAGAAACGCGAGACGCCACUUGCAAACGCACUGUUCAGCGUGCCCAACAGCCCCGACGGACGCGUCCUCAAUGCCGCCCUCGACUCGCCCACCCGUCACUCGCGUACGCGCUCCAUGGGCCGCCCGCAGUCCAUCCAGGACCUCCGCAACACGGCUGCAGCGGCAAAGGCCGACGCCAAAGACAUGAUUGCCAGCGGUAUCGGAAAGGCGCAGGCCGUCCUGGGAGACAAGCCUAGUCCACGUCGAGUGGCCGAUAUCCUCACGAGCGUGCAUCUCAUCCUCCAGCUGUACGAGGUCAACCCUGCGUUCAUUGUGCAGGUCUUUUCGCAGACCUUUUUCUGGAUCUCAAGCGAGCUGUUCAACCGCGUCAUUACACGCAAAAAGUAUCUGUGCCGUACAAAGGCUGUCCAGAUUCGCAUGAACAUUACGGCCCUCGAGGACUGGACGCGCCAGAACGGUCUUCCGCCCAACAUUGCCACCAAGCACCUCGAGCCGAUCAUGCAGCUCCUCCAGUGGCUGCAGUGCUCGUCGCAGAUCAACCAGUUUGACAUGCUCAUCGGCACCGUCCAGAGCUUCCGCUCGCUCAACCCGCUCCAGAUGCGUCGCGCAGUCCGCGACUAUCGUUUCGAGGUUAGCGAGUCGCGGAUGGCCGACGACUGUAUCCAGUACCUCGCGCAGCUUCAGCGCGACUGGGAACGGCGUCGUGUUCAUAUUGGAGUCAAGGCUGGGCAGUCCAAGAACGGCGUGGCCGUGCCCGACUCGGAGGGUCAUGUGGAUGAGGGCAUGCCCAUUGAAGCGUUGUUUGAUGGCUCGGUCUCUGUUGGCGAGUGGAUGCCUCAGACCGCACCGGAAUGCCUUGGCGAGCUCCUCGACUCGCGCUUCAUGCUGCCCUUCCUCGUCCCGCAGGGCACCGAGUUUCUUCUCGCCACCCCACCGCGCAACGCCGCGUUCCACAACCUCUUGACGGACCAGCCUCGCCUCCCAGACGGAUCCAUCCCCAGCCGACCCCUUUCGCGCGCGAGCUACUCGUCGUCCAAGCCCAUGGGCUGGGUCAUGCCCAAUGAGCACAAGCUGCGUAUCCUCCCCGACGACUUCUUCGUCUGGCUCCGCCAAAAGCAGAUGGAGAUUUAUCGCGCAUGGGACGGAGCGAGGACCAAGGCUGCCGCAGAGAAGGAGGCCGCUGCUGCUGCUGCCGGUGCUGGCAAGCCGCUCCCUCCACUGUUGGACACUGCUGUUGUUGGCACACCUGUAAAGGCCUCGGUCCCCCCGCCAUUGUCGCCGUUGGCAGAAGACUAUGCGCCUCUGUCCCGCUUUGCCAGCCCCACUGUCCAAAGUCCCGCGUUUCAGGCAGCACAUGCUCGUAAAAUGUCCACCGACCUUGCGUUCACCCGGCCCUCUGGCGAGACAGUCACCCCACCUGGAUAUGAGGCUAUCGAGUUGUAUCCACGUAGCGGCGCAUUCUCGGACACUGGCAGCAUUGUUGCUCGCCAGUCGUUUGAUGGCGCGCCCAGCUCCCCUUCGCCGUCGCCGCACUACGAGCUCGCCCGGUUACGGCGCGAGCGCAAGGAGAGUAUCUCGUCCAUCAACAGUAUCAACAGCUCGGCCGGAACUGGCGGCAACGUUUCCUCAUCGCCCGAGAAGAAGAAGUGGUGGAAGUCGAUCGGGCGCAAGGGCUCGAUGACCCCCGACGAGGCUGCCGACGCCGUUCUCCGCCGUGAACGCAGGCGCGAGGGCACAUCCGAGACGAUUGUGCCUCUCCGCUCUGACACGGCGGACACGGUGAUUGCGGUGUCACCGCCCAAGGACGCAGGAGUGAGCAGGGGAGAGAGGGAGAAGACGCCGAUGCAGGAUGACGUCUCGGCGUUCUCAAACACGUCGAGCUCGCCUGUGCGCGGGGAGCGGGAGAGCACGCCGACUCAACUGCUCGCUACCCCACAAGAGCGCGUGCUGCGAUCCAAGCCAUCUGGGGUGUGGACAUAG